UUUAGGUGCCUGAAGCCAAAUCACUUUGCUAAAAACUGUCCUUCGCCCAGUCAAUGCUCUCAAUGCCACGGUAACCACCCCAGACCAUUAUGUCCUACCAAUUUGAAAAGAGGUAACCAACAGACUAACAAUAUUCAAUCCACGUCCGCCCCUAAUAAAUACACUCCAAUACACACUAACCAAAUUUCCCCAUUAUUCCCGAAUUCCAACACACCGGUCCCGUAUCUCCCUUACCAGAAUUUCCAACCAUAUCCCGGGUUUAGCCCUUAUUUUUAUCACAACAUGUACACAUCCUCCCUAAUACCCCCUCAAAAUUUAAGCAUUAAGCCAACACAUUCUCCACAAGAAAAGGUAAUUAACAAUAACACGAUGACUAAUUUUUGUGUUCAAAACACCCCUUUCGAACCAAACCCAGCUAUUACUGAUAAAAUAAGAGUAAAUAAACACGUGGACAACAUUGUCCGUACUAAUCACAUUAUGGAAGCCCAAAACCACCCAACCUUAUUCCGGGGCGGAGGGCGCUCCGAGCGAUAUUUUGAAACACCCCCUCUCAAUAAAAAAUUUAAAAAUUCGUUAAAAGCUAACAGGCCAAAACCUCCACAAUCAACCGACACGAACAUGAAAUGUGACCCGACUCCAACAAUUGGCAUUGCUACAACUGAAUCCUCAGCACCACCAACAACAGAAACAACGCCGACUCAUCCACGUGUUCAACCGCCUUCACCAUCUGCUGCCACUCAUGAAACAACGAAUGACGAACCUGCUGCCGUCGACAUCCCUCUACCCGAUGGUCCGCCACCUUUGGCCGCGCUCAAACUACCACAACGUCUCAACAUUGCCUCACGAGUGCGCAUCCUGGAAACUGGUGAAAUCGAAGCCCUGCCCAUCAAUGAACACACGAUAAAGAAGAAUAUGAUAAAAAAAUGGGAGAGAACAAGAAACAAAAGGAUUCACAAAAGAAUUACAAUUUCGAAACCCAUUCCCCUUAAUUCGAUCCAAAUUAACCCAGUACCAAUCUUAACUCCCGCAACUCCCUUAUUGCCAUUCCAACUUAUUAAUGUCCCACCAUUCUCAGUCUGCGGCCCGGGAGUGUCGCGUUCCCAAACGCGAGGUUAA